AUGUGUGUGUGUGUGUGUUUGCAGGUAUACUAUGCAAAGAAGAAGCGUCGUCACCAACAGGGUCAGGGCGAGGACUCCAGCAACAAGAAGGAGAGGAAGAUUUACAACGACGGCUACGAUGACGACAACUUUGACUACAUCGUUAAAAACGGAGAGAAGUGGAUGGACAGAUACGAGAUUGAUUCUCUAAUAGGCAAAGGCUCGUUCGGUCAGGUGGUGAAGGCCUAUGACCGCGUGGAGCAGGAGUGGGUCGCCAUCAAGAUCAUCAAGAAUAAAAAGGCCUUUCUGAAUCAGGCUCAGAUUGAAGUCCGACUGCUGGAGCUCAUGAACAAACACGACACCGAGAUGAAGUAUUACAUCGUUCAUCUGAAACGCCAUUUUAUGUUCAGGAACCACUUGUGUCUGGUCUUCGAGAUGUUGUCCUAUAACCUGUACGACCUGCUGAGGAACACUAAUUUCCGCGGCGUGUCUCUGAACCUGACGCGUAAGUUUGCUCAGCAGCUGUGCACCGCGCUGCUCUUCCUGGCCACGCCUGAGCUGAGCAUCAUCCACUGUGACCUCAAGCCCGAGAACAUCCUGCUGUGCAACCCCAAGAGAUCCGCCAUCAAGAUCGUGGACUUCGGGAGCUCGUGUCAGCUGGGACAGCGGAUAUACCAGUACAUCCAGAGCCGGUUCUACCGCUCGCCCGAGGUGCUGCUGGGAAUGCCCUACGAUCUGGCCAUCGACAUGUGGUCUCUGGGCUGUAUCCUGGUGGAGAUGCACACCGGAGAACCUCUGUUCAGCGGCGCUAACGAGGUGGACCAGAUGAACAAAAUCGUGGAGGUGUUGGGCGUCCCUCCCAGUCAUAUCCUGGAGCAGGCGUCUAAAGCCAGGAAGUUCUUUGAGAAGAUGUCUGACAGCACGUGGUGUGUGAAGAAGACCAAAGAUGGCAAAAGGUAUAAACCCGCCGGCUCCCGGAAGCUGCACAGUAUUCUGGGUGUGGAGGCUGGUGGCCCCGGCGGGCGGAGAGCUGGAGAGUCGGGUCACGCUGUCGCAGACUACCUGAAGUUCAAAGACCUGGUCCUGCGGAUGCUGGACUACGACCCCAAGACCCGCAUCCAGCCGUAUUACGCUCUGCAGCACAGCUUCUUCAAGAAGACGGCAGACGAAGGCACCAACACCAGCAGCAGUGUGUCCACGAGUCCAGCGCUGGAGCAGUCGCAGUCGUCUGGAACCACGUCCAGCACCUCGUCCAGCUCAGGAGGAUCAUCUGGAACGAGCACCAGCGGCCGAGCACGCUCCGACCCGACCCACCAACACCGGCACAGCGGAGGACACUUCAGUGCAGCGGCGAGACAGGGCUUCGCUCCGGCGCUGGGGUGGGUGGGAGGAGACGGACUCCAGCAGGCGUCCGGAGAGACUCACCCCGUCCAGGAGACCACCUUCAACGUGCCCCCCCACCAGCCCAAGGCUCUGCACCCCCACACGUCCCAUCAUCACCAUCAUCAUCAUCACCACCCUCCAGCGCAGCACGGUCAGGGCCCCGCCCGGCCCCGGCCCCGCCUCUACUCGCCCUCCCACAGCGCCUCCACACAGGACUCUAUGGAGGUGACCCCCGGACACCUGUCCAUGACCUCGCUGUCUUCCUCCGCCUCAUCCUCGUCCACAUCCUCGUCCUCCACCGGGAACCAUCACUACGCCUACCAGAGCCGCCCGCUGCCCCACGGCCUGGGCUUCGGCCACAACAGCAGCAUGACUCUAGGACUGGGUGCCUUCUCUAACCCUCGGCAGGAGACGGGCGUGCCGGGUCACCCCUCGAACUCUGGGCCGGGUCACUACAUGUCUGAGACUCACAUGGGCCUGCGGCCGGGCCUGGAGCGCGAGGAGUCGCCCAUGGUGUGUGUGCAGCCCAGCUCAGUGGCCAGCUCCUGACUCCUCUCGUCUGAGAGCGUGUGUUUGUUUGAUUAAAGCUGCUGGAACGGGGCGAGAGCCGCCCGCGGACGCCUGACACGAGGCUUUCCUCCUCUGACCUUUGCUUCUGUUCUCCGAUUCUCCGAUGGUUUCAGAUGUGCACGGGAGCGAGAGCGUCACGGCCAACCCACCCCAGUCCCCCACCGCGCUCGCGUCUUUUCUUCUUCACGUCGUGCAAUCGUGUGCUUCGAGCGGAGCUUUCCCAGAGUGCAAUGAGACCCGUGACGGGCGUGUGCGGCCGCGGGCAGCGCUGCUUUCAAAUGGCCUUAUCGUUACGGACAGAAUGAAGACGAGCCGGACGUUUCUUCUAGUGACAAAAGCUUUCAUGUAUUUUUGACGUGCGAACACCCUUCAUUCACGACACGGUGAUCCGAGGCCUUUCUUCACUAGAGAUCCAGCGUGGGGCGUCACAGGCCGAGUCCCUUCCCGCUCUUCUGUUGUGCUCAGCAUGUGUGUUUUACUUCAGCCCUUUCGCUUCUUUGAUUUGGCUUCACGAUUAUGCUGUGAAUUUUACACCACUUUUGUUUCUCCCUUUUGAUAAUUUAUUGUACCAAAGGCGUUUUUUUAUAGAACAUAGAUGUCUGCAACCAAUGUAGCAGUUCUGCACUUUGAAGCAAAGGUGUGUGUCAUGUCAGAACUGGAAGUGAUGUUUGAAUCCUGGACGCCAUCGCUUGCGAAAUUCUGUCGCUCUGUUUUUCUUUCUCUUCAUUUGCUCUCACCAGACGGCGGCGGCACGAGCUGCAAGCGUUUCCCGUCGGUGGUCUUGUGUUGAUUUGUCUCUCACGGGACGGUGGACGUGGACUCGAGCUGCUCGGCUGGUCCCAGAGCAGCUGGACAGUGGGAGAUCCUCUCGGCCGGACGCCGCCGGUGCUGCUCUCGAUCGCUCUCUCCGUCCGUCCGUGUGUGCGCUGGUGACGGUUGCGAGCGGACCCAUGGUUCUCUAGAGUUCCUGUGGAGGGAGUCCAUGAAACAGGCUUCAGGUGUUUACUUUGUGACCCCAUUUUAAUAGCUGAAAUAGAAUUUAUGUACAUAUUUAUAUUUUUUUAAUAAAGGAAGUUUAGAACUCA